UCUAUGGAUACUUCGGCCUUUUCGAACCGCAAAGACCUACAGGUGGAAUAAACCGACUUGAUGACAGGGAGGUAAUAUUCGGACUCUUUUAGAGGGGGGGCACUAUUUCCGUGUGGCGAGUGGAGAUGUCCGAGGAAAAUUUGGGGGAAGAGUCGAGCAGCUCCCCGGUUUCCCCCGUGGACAGCCUGAGCCACAGUGAGGGCGAGGCGGACACUCAGCCCAAAAGAAGCGCGCGGAAGCGGAGGCCGAGCAGGAAACACGCCGUCGCCGACGACUCGGACAGUCCGACCCCGUCGGGGGGCAAAAGGGGCAAGAAGUCGAGCAGCAGCGGCAGCCCGCAGUCGCUGGAGGAGCUCCAGAGCCAGCGAGUCAUGGCCAACGUGAGGGAGCGUCAGAGGACUCAGUCGCUCAAUGAGGCGUUCGCGGCCCUGCGCAAGAUCAUCCCCACUCUGCCCUCGGACAAGCUGAGCAAAAUACAGACGCUCAAACUGGCCGCCAGGUACAUCGACUUCCUGUGCCAGGUGCUGCAGAGCGACGAGCUGGAUGCCAAGAUGUCCAGCUGUAGCUAUGUGGCCCACGAAAGGCUCAGCUACGCCUUCUCCGUCUGGAGGAUGGAGGGCGCAUGGUCCAUGUCCACAUCUCACUAACACCAGGACGACACAAGCCCAACAUGGUGACUGCUGAUUCUACACUUCUCACAUUCUGACGGGACAUUUCUGGAGUCCAAUGCUGGAUACAUGGGAUCACUAUUUAAAGCAAAGACCACGGAGGUGCUGCAGGGGAUUUUGUUUGUUUGGGGUUUUUUGCAGCCCCCUCACCCCCCACUCCGAUGACGGUUUAUGUACAAGUUGUUGACGACGAAUGUUGAAUAUAUCACGGCUGUUGCCUGUUAAAAAGAAUUACUUUUUUUUCUACAUGUAUUAUUUCUGCCACCGUGGAGCAAGGCAGUUUGGUAUAUGUUUGUGCGCGUGUGUGUGUGUGUGUGUGUACGUGUGAUUCUCUACUGGUGGUGAGCCCACAUUUUUUAGGCUGUUUUUGUGGAUCAAACCUGUGCAAAAAAUAUUUUCAGAAAACAUCUAUUUAUUUAUUGGUAAUACAUUUAGGAAUACAUCCUGUGUCUGAAAUAUAAAUACAUUCCUAUUUUUUAUUAUCACUUUUGUAAAUGUUUGUAUAUUUUUUUUGCAAUAAAGAAAACGACCAUAUAUGCUGUUUCUUUUACCUUCGUUGCUCGUUCUAAUUAUAGGUCGUUUUUCUGCGUAAUUAGACAAUACGUGAACAACCACAACACCCAACAAUGAAAU